AUGUCCGCAUUCACCGUUUCUCCUUUCGGUGUCACCUCCUUUGGCUCGCCACCCGCCAUCGACAGCUACACCAAGUCGAUCGACUCCGCCGCCACCAACAACACCCAUCAUCUCGGCGAGAUUCAAAACUUCCUGCUUGGAAGUGACUGGUCAGCUCUCUCGUCGCUCAGCCCGCCCACCGCGGCGGUCAACGCCGUCAUCGACAGCUCGACCUUUUCGUCUCGUACUGUGGCCGACGCUCCUCUAUUUUCUUCCUCCGUCGAGACCGAGAAGCCCAACAUGCAGACCACCCCCGCCGCCAUCAUUGCCGCCGUUUCUGAACCCAGCGAGCUUCCUGCCGCUGCUUCUGACACUGCCUUUGACACCGCCAUGUCAGCUUCAUCUCCCGUCGCCACCCCACCUGCGGCUGCUUAUCCAUCGCCGUUGACGCCCGUCCACCGACACUUGUUCGACGCUUGCUACAGCGACUCUGCGGGCUCGCCCGACUCGGACCGCGACUUUCUCGUAUCCCCUUCCAUGUUUGAUGAUGCCAGCUUCGAGUUUGAAGGCGAUGCGCUCGCCAACACCUUUCCGCUGUUCACCGACCAGGCCUUUGAGGAUCUCACCGACCCUCAGGUCGAAGAGUCUGUCAGUGCCACCGCCUCCGACCUCGAGAACGUCAAGCUCGAUGCUGACCAUGAGCCAGAGUCCGACGAGUCACAGCCGACCGAGCUCGACGUCGAGUCCAGCCAGUCUACUGUGAUGUCCUUGCAGAGUCAGCAGAGUAUGGUCAAGGUGGAGGAGCUAGACGAUCACGAAUCGUUCUCCACCCUUGCCGCUGCCUUCAAAACCGAGGAUACCUCGGCCAAGCUCGAGCCUAAGCACGAGCAGGACCUGUGGUCUGAAGAAGAGCUCAAGCCCUACUUCAGCGAUGACGACACAAAAGCUGCCCUGCUCAGCACGCUCGCCGACGCUUUCGGAUACCACGUCUCCGAACCCAUAAAGGAGUUUGCCAGCUCUCAAGAGGAACAACACGCUUCGCACAUCGGCCCUGUUCGCCGAGAUCGUCGUUCCGCGUCCAACAAGGUCGGUAACUCUCAUUCCUCUGGUAGCCCCGCGCCCUUCAUCGACCCCAUCACCAAGGCCAAGCGCUGGCAGUGCGGCGAGUGUGGCAAGUUGUUCGACCGUGCUUAUAAUCUCAAGACCCACACGUACACGCACGAGGAUCCUCUCACCCGUGCACGGCCCUUCAUCUGCCCCGACGCCGACUGCCACAAGCAGUUUGCUCGCAAGCAUGAUAUGCAGCGCCACUUCGAGAAUGUACAUCGUGGCGAAUCAAGAAGAGCCAAGGGCGGCUUUCUGAGAAGGAGCCGCGCCGAUGACCUGGGCUAG